CCAUUUUUACAUCAUUUUCAUGAAGUUUUGAGAAGAAAGAGUAUAUUAAUAUAUAGUUCACAGAAGACAUCUGGAAUAGCGUUUUGUGUGGAAAUUCCAUUCUUCGUGAAUCUAUAUAAACAUUUCGAUUUAUGUGGCAAGGCUCGACUGCUCAUUGGAAAUCUGAAACGUAUACCAGAAAAAGACUGUUCCAAAUGCAGGAAGGCGUUCUGCGGAGUCCAGACCUCGAAACAAAUAGUCCGUGAUUUGUGGUGUAAGACGUUUAUCUUCUGAGGACGGCCAUCUUUCCUCCUCAACAGGCAAUAGAUGCUACGUUCUACCUGGAAGAGGAUACGCUUACAACUAGAUUGAUUUAAGAAUUAUUAGUGUCUGAUUUAAAAACUCUAGAUUAAGUGUUUGUAAACAUUGCAAUUAAGAUCAAAGCUACUUAUGCAUCCAACGUGUGCAAAUUACUAGGUUUUGGUUUUAUGAGUGGUUGUAAGUAAAUAAAACGUUACCGAAACUUCUUAAUGGGUAGCGCGGCAGCUACCAAAAACGCGUGUGAGGCUGGUGCUCAGUGGUGGUUGAAAUUCUAGUUCUUUUUGAAGGUUGGAAAGAUGCUUUCGGAUUCUCAAUGAAGAUACAUCAAGGAUAUUGCAUAGGGUGAUAUUUAGGUAGGUAUGUAAAGAUGCGAGAAGCAAGAUAUUACAGCCAAGAUUAAAACGCAUCUUGCUUACACGGUUCUUG